UAGAAGAUACAAAUUCCUUUAGAAUUUUUAACAGUGGUACAGAGGACUCUGGAUAUUAUCAGUGUUUAGUGGAAAAUUCUGAAGGUUGGACAUCAGCUUUAGCAAGAUUAAAGAUAGAUCAAAAUGUUCAUGCACCUAAACCACCCAAUAAGAUAUAUGGUGAAGGUAUAUCAGGAACAGAGAUAUUAGUCAACUGGACUUUAGAUGAAUCUCAGAAACCUACAGAUCUGCCAUUACAUAUUGUAGGUUUCAGUGUUCAUUACAAACAGGUUGACAAUAAAAACUCGAAUGAACUAACAAGAGAAGUCAAUGUAUUUGUUUUAUUUCCUUCCCAAUCAACUAAGCUGGUUCACUUAAAACCUAAUACCAACUACACCAUUUAUGUAAAAACAUAUAAUAGGCACGGAGCUAGUGUUGAUUCCAAGUCUAUCGUUGUUAGUACACUCGGAUCAGUGCCUUUGUCAUACCCAUCUCCUACCAUUAUUAGUCAAGGAGAUGGUGAUCUGCUGAUAGAGUGGGAAGCCUUAAAAGAAUCAGAGAGAGGAGGUAUUAUAUUAGGAUAUCAGAUUUUGUAUGGUAAAACAUCAGAUGAUUACAUACAGGUUAUAAAUAUAUCUGGUCAAAGCAACAGCUACCUCAUUACAGGUUUAGAACCAGGUGAAGAGUACCGUUUGAGAAUGUUAGCAGGAACAGAGAAAGGCUUCCCAGAUUUUACUGAUGGAGAGUGGCCAUGGAUUUACCAUAAAGUCCCUGAAACGUCCUACAGAAAUUCUAUAUUUCCGACGGUUAACAUCACAGUUAUCAACAGCACUACUGUUCAUUUCUCCUGGAGAUACCACGGACCUAUUGAACUAUCUGAACAAAUCAUUUUCCUGAGAAAUUUAAUCCAAAUGAAAGUGGAAAAUGUUAUCAACUAUCAGCCUACCUCAAGACAAAUUACUCUUUCAGAUCUAGCUCAAAACACCUUCCAUGAGUUUAUUCUGGUAGUGAAAUCAAAAAGCCUUGCUACAGGUAGUAUCUCAAAACUGUUCCACACUUCCACCUCAAUGUUAUCUCAACCUACAUAUACCACUCGUCCCGACAUCAACAUCAUCGCAUCACUGCUGGCACCAGACCAAAUUACACUCACCUGGUCUUAUCCUGAAACCAAUCAGGAUAUUAUCCUCUUCAGAGUACGAUGUGAAACCAUUUUUGUUCCCAAUGAAUGUGAGCGCAAAAACAUUAGUUAUGUGAAAUCCCACACAAAUACUGCUGUUAUAAGUAACUUACUGCCAUUUACAUGGUAUAAUAUAUCGGUUAAAGCUGAGAGAUCAGAUGGUCAAGGUGUAUAUAGUAUACCUACACUAGUACUUACUAGGGAAGGAUUGCCCUCUCCACCAGAACAUGUUCAAGCUAGAGUUGUUUCCCCUGAUGAGGUAGCUCUAGAAUGGAGUCGCCCAGCACAACCUAAUGGUAACAUUAAAGGGCAUUAUAUAUCAUAUAGUUAUGAUCAUUAUGAUCCAGAUAAAUGGCCACAAAUAUAUCAAGAAGGUAAAAUGAAUUCAACCCAUAUUUCUAAUCUGACUCAGCCAAUGUAUUAUUUCCUGAUACGAGCCUGUACUCUAGCAGGACAAGGUAAACCUUCACGGAUCAUCAAAGUGUUUAUGAAACAUGAUAGUAGAGGAAGUCUAUCUGAUCAACAUCUAGGUAUAAUAGGAGGUGCAUCUAUUGGUAUUACCUGUAUAUUAAUAACUGUUUGUGUUAUAUAUAUCAAACAAAGACAGCUAAAGAAGAGGUGUAUAGCUGCUCAGGUUGCAAAUUCAGUGCCAUGCCCCCAUGGUUGUAUGAUCCCCCCAGCACUAACCCCUGCGGAACAUCUCUCUCAACACCAGAAUCACGUUUGUAAAUCGGAAGAGUUGUGGUCAUUAUUAACACCAUCAGAUAAAAGUACCAUUGAUAGUCCAUGUUCCAGUAACGAUACACAGAGUACAAGUACGGCCACCACAGACUUAUAUUGUCAUGUGACUAGUUGUUGAAUAUACCUCACACAUUUACACCUCAAUUAGAACAAAAAAAGCCAAAGAUAAAUUUGACUGUGAAGAUGUUGUUGAUAAUGACUUAGGUUUAUGGUACCAUGAUCAAGAAUAAUACCCCGAUUUCAGGACAAUAUAUAUUUUGCCUUCAACAACUUUUUACCUUUACUUUAUUUUUCAUUUUUUAUUAAGAAAAAAUAAGGAUGGUAGAGAAUGACACCUGCUGCUUUAAGGGAAUUAUUACAAGGUGCAAAAUGAUUGCUCAAAAAGCAGACAGAUUAAAUAUUUUUGUAGACAUGAAGAAAUAUAUCAGAUCUGAUGGAAUUCAAUUGUGUUUGAGGAUGUUGUGCUUAAAGCACAAUUCAAUAACGAGAGUUUAUAUGUGAAGAAUCUUCAGGAAGAUGAAGAAAAUAAUGUGAACAUGCGACGUGUGAAAGAUGAAAGGGACAGAUUUUUUUACAUAUACCUUAGCAAAGCUGAGUUUUUGCCCGGUGAAAUUUUUUAUUAGAUGUUUUCCAAGAAGAUAAUAUUGUUUUAUUGUUUUAUUGACUAUGUUAUUGAUCAGCUGUUAUUAAGGGGUGCUAAAUCCAUCUCACAGUCCUUUUUAUUUUUCUCGAAAUCAAAAACACAAGAGAUGCAUAUCUCAUAACCACCGGUGGUAUGAUAUUAAUAGGACAUAACAGUAACUUAGAUCUGUCUCAUUUACCAUUUAUCAUUAAGAAAACAAAAUGGAAUAUGGUGUGGAUGCCACCAUAAGUUUGAUUUUUGAAAACUGUACAGUUAAAAUCAGGGUUUAUUAAAUCAUCAUCAUUCUUUUGUCUUCAUUUUUUCCAUUUAUCAUCAUAUGAUUGAUCUUUAUUCAUCCAUUCUUGGUACAAGGUUAUGAAUAUUCAGUUUUAUGUCAUCGUCUUAAAUCGUAGUUAUUUUGUUGCAUUAUAGAAGUAUUUAUUAUGCUGAAUCUUUAUUCUAUAUAUUGUCUUUUUUACAUUAAUUUAUAGAUAAUUUAUUCUUAAUCCACACACAUUGUUAUAUCUGUAAUUACUUGAACAGAACCACUUUUAUGUGAAUUUUUACCUUACAUUUCUUCUUUCAAACUAGUUAUUAUUUUUUGAGUGAACUAUGGUGAACUAUGAAUUACCUCACACCAUUUUGUACAGCAAUUUCUCCACACAUUUUAUGUUUCUGUAAAUUACAUGACUUCCAAAUCUCACGUUCCACUGAAUUUUAAAAACAGGAAUUUAAAGUUACCAUUGUGUACUUAGCCGUUUACGUCAUCACUGAAUGCCCCUGAUUGUUAUUUACAUGGUUUGGGCUACAUUUAAUUUUUCAUGACUUAAACCACGCUAAAUUUUACUCAUAUUUAAUUAACAAAACAAAAUCAAAAUAUCAGUGGUAGAUAAAAUCUUCCAGGUUGGAUUCAAGCAGAUCAAAAAGAGGUCCAUCAAAAGAUUUUACCGAAAAUUGUAGGUGGUCUGCGGAUGAGGCCUUAUGUUGAGAAAAUUUUAAUUUACUAUCUUUGUAAAUUCUGAAUGGAAUUUACCCAUUUUUGGGCCAAUAUUCUAUUUGAGAUUCAACUGUAGUUUGCAAGGGAUUAAAAAUCCACAACUGGCGAUCAUAGAGUUAAGAAAAUGAAGAUGGUUUGUUAUGAAAUCCUACCAUUCUGUUAUAAUGUAUGCGGCAAGUACAAGCUUGUAAAUGCCUGUGAUUUUAUCAAUAUAUUUAUUUUCUGUUAUACGUGAAUGGUGCCAGCAUAAUCAUUCACUUGGGUCCCUUCACCGAAAUUGAGUUCUAUACAUUUCUUGAAAGCCACAGCUGUAGGCUUUAAAAUGCACGAAAAUUAUUAUCCGAUUUGUGUCAUUCGGACUAUUGUUUGUAAAAUUAUCUGAUGUUAAACAGACCAAUAAUUCCGAUUGUUGUAGGGAGGAUCUUGAUCAUGUAUGAUUCAACACCCCUUAUUAACAUAAAUUUUUGAGGAAUAAUUAAAAAUGAUUUAGAAUUAUGAACGAAAACAUUUCAAUUCAAACUAUUGUUUGGUGAUGAUGACUGAAAAUCAUAAUCUCACCUCUGACUGCUGUAUAUAGCCUACAAUGCAAAAUGAAUGAAUGAGACUUCCGACUGAUUUUGCUGGUACUGGUCACAUAUUCCUUUUAAAUGCAAUUCUUUCUCAUCUAUGAUUGCAGACCUUUUUGCCAUUUCUGCCUUAUCCAAGUCAUUUUAUAUACUUACAAUUAUUUCUUAUGUAGGUAUGUGUUUUCUUUGAUGCAUUUCUAACAGCACAAAAAUAUAGAAGUUGUACAUUUUAAAGUCUAUAAAGAAAUAGUGCACAGUUUGUCCUAUGAUUGUUUGUAUCUUAUGUUUAUUUAAAAGGUACUUAUAUUGAAACAUAUCAUAGGGGUAUGUCUAUAUAUAGAAUUGUCUAGUAUUGUUAUAUAACUUCUAUAGUAAUCAAGUGUUACAGUAUCAAAUACAGGACUUGGAAAUAUGUGGUGCCUAAAGUGAAAUGCGUAAACGUCAAUAUGUGAUAGGUUACCUCCCCUCUUGAUUUAUACAUAUUUAGAGAACAAUGGAUCAAAAAAUCUGCUGAUUGAUUUAAUAACAUUGGCCAUUUCACUUUCUGUUACUCAAGUUUAAUACUGGAAACCAUAACUUUUAUUCAUGUAUUACAAAUUUUAAUGCAUGUAGUUUAUAGCUAAAUUAAUAAAAUCUCCAUCGGUUUUAAUGUUAAAUGUCUCUGGCAGCAAACUAUAUUUAUAUUGAUAGAGGGCCAGGCCAUAACAUAAAUAUCGCAAUGCACUUAACAGCAAAGCCACAGUUCCCAACUCAUUUUUGUAACACUAGAUACAUGAAGUUUUGUGUUAUUUGUCGUUUUUGUGCCAUCUGCCUAUAGGUUGUUUUGUUUUGUGGCUUGUAUUGAAUAUAAAUAACUGUUAAAACACAUAUUAUAAUUUACUUAUCUACCUUGUCCACAUUAUAUAGUAUGGGUUUUAGAUUUCCAUUCAUACCUCAAAAUUCUACACUUUUCUUUGAGUUAAUCGGUCAGUAUAUGAAUUCUUGUGGGUAUAUAUAUAUAUGUAUGGGAAUUACUAUACAUAUCUUGCAAGGCACCAUAAUUAGGAACAAAUUUGUCAUUGUUCAUGUAAUCCAAUGAUUUUAGCAUUUUGUUUGUUUAGUUGUUAAUUAUUAGGAGUAAUUAGUGCUAAAAUUAAGAAGUGCUUGUUGAUAAAAAUUUUCAUUUGUUUGAUUAAGUUUGUACAAUAUAUGCAUAUAUGUGUUUUACAGCCUGCAAGUAAUCUUUCUCUCCUCUUAAUACAUGAUAAUACGAAGGCCCAUUAUUUUCCAAAUAAAAAAAUAAAAAAAUAUUAAUCCGUUUGAAUGAGUUAGUAUCUCGUUUGACAUUAUCUUUACUUAAAACACAAUUUCUGCAUGUCCCUUCCACGCUUUUGUACAAUCGAAAUCUUAAUUCGUUCAAACGUGAUAAUUAAUUCCUUUAAACGAGAUACUAACAUGUUCAAACGAGAUAGGAACUCGUUCAAACGGGAUAAUUAAUUCGCUCAAACGAGAUAAUUAAUUUGUUCAAACGAGAUAAUUAAUUCAUUCAAACAAGAUACUUACUCGUUCAAACAAGAUAAUUAAUUCGUUCAAACGAGAUACCAAUAUGUAUCAAACAAGAUACUAACUCAUUCAAAGGGAUUAAUUUUUUUUUUUUGUUUGGCACUAAUAGGCCUUUGUAUGAGAAUUAUUUGAAUGAAAGCGGUUCUCUUUAUGAAAUUUCAUAAUUAUUUACAAACGUAUAUCAUUUUAAUUCAGUAGGGCUACAUAAACUAAUUAAAUAUAUCAUGAUGAACGAAGAAUAAUUUGGCAUAUUUACGGGUAAUUUGUUUUUUCUGUUAGCAUUACAUUACAUUACUGGUAAAUUAAAAUCAAUUUAUAUGGGUAUGUCAGUGUCCCGUUUCAAAAUGCACACAUAAAUUAAACAUCUUACUUUAUACAACUAACUGUAUUAAAACCUGUGUGCUGUAACUUUAUACAUGCCUCGUGAAACAGGUCCUGGAUAUUUUUUAUUGUGGACUCACUGCUGCAAGGGGUAUUAACUUAAUUUCCCAUUUUGUCUGGAAUCUUAGUAUGCUAAUCUUGCUUUCUAUCCCCCUCCAGAAAGGGAAGUAACUCUUCUAUGACACUCGUCUGACAGGUAUGUAUGUAUUUAGAGAUCUUUCAGAGAACUAGAGAUUAUUAUUUGUCUUAAAGCACAAACCUCUUUAGAGGGUGCUGAAUUUGGAAGUAAAACCAUAAAUAUGAGUCAGAUGUUAAAUGUGCACAAAUUUUAUGAAUGAGCUGUUGAUAUUAGUGUAAAAAAAGUAGUUUGGUCCAGUAAUUAAUUUCAAUUGAAUUUAAUAUAUAAUGUUUUAUCUUCCUUCUAUUAUUAACUUGUAUGUGUAUAACUGGUAUAACUUUAGUAAUUUUAACAUACUGUAGGACUGUAAAUAAGAAAUGACAGUGAGACAGGUAUUUACUAUAUGGCAAGUUACUCGCCAGUUGCAUUAGUUUCAAUUUAUAUGCAGUGGUGGACGCAGGAGAUUCGUAGUGGUGGUGUCAGUGGUGAUUUGUGGCAUUUAUCUGGACCCGGAUAUAACAUUCAUUUCAUCAGCUACUGUACCCCAAACAACAAGCACAAAAAAGAAU